CGCGAAGCGAAGGCACGUACUACUGACGCGCACAAAGAUACACACACGCACGCAGGCAGGCACAAGAAACAAAACCGCGCCUCUCCCCCUCGUCCGUUCCGAUCCCCAGCGGAAAGCGGAGCCAGGACCGGGAGCUGAAGCGGUUGUCUUCCCCCCCUCGUCUCCGUCAACUGGUGAGCUCCCUCCUCCACCUCCUCUCCCUGCUCUUUGAUCUCGCCCUCGCUUCUUCCUCCCCAGCCGGCCAUCAGUUCCGGCGACUGCUUCCUUCGUUCGUCCCCGCCGCCGCCGCCGCCGCUGGACUCUUUCCGAAUUGCUCUGUCUAUCCUGUGCCGUGGAUCGAGUUGCUUCCGGAGGCGACGCGGUGAUGUUCUGCUCGUGCGCGCGAUGCAGCUGGGAGCACUGCUUUCUCGACUCUGUUUCUCCUUGCACUGAUUCAGCACCCCCACAAGCCAGCAAGAUGGACGGGUUCGUGGACCCCUUCGUCCCGGAACAGGCAUGGCCGCAGGACGCCAUGUUCAUCGGCUCAUCCUGGCCAUGCGCCGGCGCCGGCGCCACUUCCCUCGCCGACCCUGCAGGGACGUACGCGUACCUGGGAGCUCAGGCUGCACCAGGCCAAGGCGCAGGCUUUCACCUCCAAGACGGCUCCUCCACGGCGCUCGUGCCGCCCUUGGAGCUGCACCAGCAGUUCCUGAGCGCGCACCUGCCGGGCGACGACGUGACCGUGACCCAGGAGGAGGGCCUCGGCUUCGAGGUGAACAGCGCGCUGGUGGCCGGCAUGCUGGGCCCGGUCCUGAGCGCGCCCUGCGCGGUAUCGCUCGCCGACAGCGCGCCGGUGGUGUGCAGCUCCUCCAACGACAGCAGCGGCGGGAGCGAGCAGUCCGGCCUGCCGCCGCCGCCGCGGUUCCUAGUCCUGGGAGAGCAGCCCGCGUCGUGGCCUUCCGCGUUCCCGCGGAUCUCGUCGCUGGCCGGGGAAGAGACUUCGCGGAGCUUCGGUUUCGGCGCGGUUAGCGACAACGAUCUCGUCCGUGGAUCCUCCUGUGUCGCGGACGUGAACAAGUAUCCACAGAUAGGCAAUGCGCGGCUACAUGUAGAGGAUGACGUUGAGUUCAACACUGGAAAGAUGCUGUCGUUCGCUCCUGGCCUUGACUUUGGCGAUCUGCAGCUCAGCCAAAAGGAACUCAGCGGUCUGCGUCACCUGAACUCUGGGCAGCAGCUCUCGUCGUUUGAUGCAACGCGUAAUCCUGAACAGUCGUCUAACGAGGCCAGCGGCGGCGGAACUGGGUUGAAUGCGCCGCCGUUCAUGGUUCCGGCCAAUGGGGCUGCUGGGAAUGGAGCUCCUAAGCCGCGCGUCAGGGCUCGCCGGGGCCAGGCAACUGAUCCACACAGCAUUGCGGAGAGGCUCCGAAGGGAGAAGAUCUCUGACAGGAUGAAGAAUCUACAGGAGCUCGUUCCGAACUCCAACAGGACUGACAAGGCAUCCAUGCUUGACGAGAUCAUCGAAUACGUCAAAUUUCUCCAGCUGCAAGUGAAGGUUCUCAGCAUGAGCAGGCUGGGCGCGACGGAAGCCGUCGUCCCGCUCCUUACACAGUCUCAGACCGAGAACUCCGGUGGUGGUCUUCUGCUGUCCCCUAGGUCAGGCUCAGGCAGGCAGCAGCAGGCACGCGGAGGCAGCCUGCCGCCGCCGUCGUCCGAGGUCCGGGACGGCGCGGCGUUCGAGCAGGAGGUGGCCCAGCUGAUGGAGAGCGACAUGACGACGGCGAUGCAGUACCUGCAGAGCAAGGGCCUGUGCCUCAUGCCCGUCGCGCUGGCGUCGGCGAUAUCGGGCCAGAAGGGGGCGUCCUCCGCGGCGGUCCAGCCGGAGAAUGGGGGCGCCAAGGAAAUGCUGCGCGCGGUGAAGCCCCUAGCAAGUCCAAUCCAUGGGAGAUGAAGUGUCCGGAUCCUAGACGGCUGGCUCAACGACGCAGUGCAGUCCCCGGCAUCAAAUCAAAGCCAUCUCCCGUUUAGAUUCCAAUGUCCUAACAGCCUGCGCCCUGUUUUGCAUGCUCCUUCCACAACUUGUAGCCAUAUCAUGAAGCCUGGACCUAGCUUACUACAUGUGCUCCAUCGCAAGAACGCGUAUUACUUUCUUAUUAAAACCCGCCAGGGUUCGGCGCGCUCUC